AUGGUAUCUACACAUGAGCUUACUGUCCCUACAGGUCAAGCUGUGCGCAAUCCAGUCUCGUACAUCAACGAGCGAUUAUCUGGUCACAUUGAAUGCCAAGAAGGCCUAGACGCCGCUCAAAGCUUGCUCAAAGAAAUUAACAGCUUAUGCCAGACGACGAGCUUGCGUCUUAAUGGGAUCGUCGAUGGUAUGCUGAGACUUGCACCCCGCCUCAAUUAUGAUGUCGACGCAGUGAGCCAAAAUCAAGGUGCUCUACAGACCAGCACACAUACUCUAGCAGCUGAUACUCAGUCCGGGUUGUCACACAUCGGGGAUGAUUCUGUUCACGCACUGGAGAGAUUUCAUUUGGUACAAGAGCGUCUUCGUGGCACAGAAGACGUGAUUGCUCAAGUCCAUUCUAGUCAAGGCUACCUCAAUUUUAAUAGCUUUAGAGAGCAUCUAAAGCUUCGCAACUUCGAGGAAGCACUCAGCUAUCUACAGCACUUGGCACGACUGAAUUCGAUUCUCAGGGACACCGCACUCUACAAACAACGUGCGGAGGAAUUACGCAGCUUGCAAGACGAGUACGACAACUGUCUUAGGACAACGACUUCGACGGAGGCGCCGAUUUCUAGUGCUGAUGACACCUCGGCACGGCCAGAUCCCUCCAGUGCCAUCGAAGAGACUUAUUACUCCUUCAUGAAAAGGUUUGGUCCAAGUAUCAGAGAGCCUUCGCCUAGUAUGCCAAAAUAG